AUGUAUUCCACGGCUCGUUCAGAUACAUUAUUCCUCGGAGCCCAGAAAAUCUCGGGCGACGACGUCCGUAAUCAGACAGUAUUGGCUACCCAGGCUGUGGCCAAUGUCGUCAAGUCUUCAUUAGGACCUGUAGGCUUGGACAAGAUGCUCGUCGAUGACAUUGGUGACGUGACUGUGACAAACGAUGGUGCAACUAUUUUGUCUUUACUAGACGUGCAGCAUCCCGCCGGCAAGAUCUUGGUGGAAUUGGCCCAACAACAGGAUCGUGAAGUUGGAGACGGUACCACCUCCGUAGUGAUUAUUGCCAGUGAGCUCUUGAAACGAGCCCAUGAGUUGGUCAAGAACAAAAUACACCCCACCACCAUCAUCUCGGGCUACCGUGUGGCGUUGAGGGAAGCUAUCCGUUACAUCAAUGAGGUAUUGUCGCAGCUGGUUGACAGCUUGGGCAAAGACACCAUAGUAAAUAUUGCAAAGACUUCGAUGUCGUCCAAGAUCAUUGGCUCUGACUCGGAUUUCUUCUCCCAAAUGGUUGUGGAUGCCAUGUUGGCGGUUAAGACGACGAAUGGCAAGGGUGAAACAAAAUACCCAGUCAAGGCCGUUAACAUCUUGAAGGCACACGGCAAGUCAUCGACCGAAUCGAUGCUCGUAGAUGGUUAUGCCUUGAACUGUACUGUAGCUUCUCAGGCCAUGGUCAAGUCUGUAAAAAAUGCAAGAAUCGCUUGUUUGGACAUAAAUUUGCAGAAGGCUAGAAUGGCUAUGGGUGUUCAGAUAAAUAUCGACGAUCCAGACCAGUUAGAGGAGAUCAGAAAGAGAGAGUACGGCAUAAUCAUUGAGAGAAUUCGUAAAAUCUUGGGUGCUGGAGCCAACGUCAUUUUGACCACUAAGGGUAUCGAUGACUUGUGCUUGAAGGAAUUCGUGGAAGCUGGCGCCAUGGCAGUCAGACGUUGUAAGAAGGAAGACUUACGUAGAAUAGCCAGAGCCACAGGUGCUACAUUAGUAAGCAGUUUGUCCAACUUAGAAGGUGAAGAAACCUUCGAUGCUUCGUCAUUGGGUUCUGCUGAAGAAGUUGUACAGACCAGAAUCAGCGAUGACGAAUGUAUUUUGGUCAAGGGAACGAAGCAGCACUCUUCCUCUUCUAUCAUAUUGAGAGGUCCUAACGAUUACUCUUUAGACGAAAUGGAAAGAUCCUUGCAUGACUCUUUGUCGGUUGUCAAAAGAACCUUGGAAAGUGGCAAUAUAGUGCCUGGUGGAGGUGCUGUUGAAACUGCUUUGAACAUCUACUUGGAAAACUUCGCUACUACAGUUGGCUCGAGAGAACAGUUGGCCAUUGCUGAGUUCGCUAAUGCCUUGUUGGUAAUCCCAAAGACUUUAGCUGUCAAUGCAGCUAAGGAUGCUUCAGAUUUGGUUUCCAAGUUAAGAACCUACCAUGCUGCUUCGCAGACUGCUUUGCCAACUGACAAGAAGAGAAAGUACAAGAACUACGGCUUAGACUUGAUCGAAGGUAAGAUUGUCAACGAAAUCUCCCACGGUGUCUUGGAGCCUACGAUUUCUAAGGUCAAGUCCUUGAAGUCGGCCUUAGAAGCAUGUGUUGCCAUCUUAAGAAUUGAUACCAUGAUUGAGGUCAACCCAGAAGCACCAAAAGAAGACCCUCACGACCAUUAG